CGCGCUGUUCGUUGUUUGGGAGCUAUAAAAAGACGAGUCACGCUCAGCUUUUAUCUUAUAGAGGAAACAGGCUCGUGUCAUCACCCAUGUCACAACCUUUUCUAUCAUGUGAAGUAUUAUUGAAGGAAUUAGAUCCAUUCUUAUCACGUAGGACACUUUCAGCACUGGAAUUCAGCCGAUUCACUCCGUUCUUCCCAUUUUGCUCCCCACUGGUCACCGCACUGAACCAGUUGCCCCGUUGACUGACAACAAAGCUCCCACUAACUUCACCGCGCAGCGACCAAUCAGCGGCGGCGGGGGGCGGGGCCGUGCCAAACCAGCUCUACCAAAUUCCCCGUCGCGGUGCUUGCAGUUACUUUCCAUCCAGGUUUCAGAGCGGCGCUGAGGCACCAUCCCUACGCGGUGCGCGGGCGUUUCGGGACGGAUCUGUAGCAUUCAGCCGCAUCGCUCGUUGGAGACCUCUAGUAUGAUAACUUCCAUCCCCGCUCCUUUGAUUUCGUUCAUUCUCAUAUUUAAUCAUUUUCUUCAUUUUGACCAUUCGACCUCAUUGAUUCCUGCGUGUCAUUUUUCUGCUGCCGUCGGCCACAGUUUGCUGCUGUCCACCAGAACUGUCUGAAAGGGGAAUAUCUGAGCAUUCCACCCCAGCCACCGCUGUCCUACUCUCUGCUGCUGCUCUGGAUGUUGGCGGGACUCCUGGACUAUAACGCAGGGGGGAUUUACAGCGGACACCGACACCUUUUUGUCUCUGAGGGAUGUAUUGGAGCGAGGUGAAGUCUGCGCUGUGAACGGGGGAGAAUACAAAGCCGCUGUCCGCCGAAUGAACUACUGGCGUGCGCCUUUGGCUUUUUUGGAACAGGUCUCUCUCGUGGAGGUGCUCUACGAGGUCUGAUCGGAGUUUGUCCCCCCCCCCCCCUCCUCCACUGGAUCGGGAUAUAAGGUGAAGACAUUGCCGCGGUCAGCCUUUUCCGGAGCGCUUGUCCUGCGCUCUAUUUUUGUGGACACAUUUGGUGAUUUCGAGGAGGAUCGGGCACCAACUGGAGGCGCGCCGGCUAACCAUGGGUGACUCGAUGUGGAGAUAUUAUUUUGGAGUUUUAUUUAUUGCCUUCGAAGUGGACUUGUGCCGGGCGCUGAUCCUGGAGUCCAUCUACUGGAACACAACAAAUACCAAAUUCGUGCCAGGCCAAGGCGUGGUAUUGUACCCCCAGAUUGGGGAUAAGUUGGACAUUGUGUGCCCCCGCGUGGACAGUGGGAUGGGCGAUGCUGUGGAGUAUUACAAGGUAUACAUGGUGCCUCGAGAGCAGCUGGAGAGCUGCACCAUCACCAAGGCCGACACGCCCCUGCUCAACUGCGUCAAGCCCGACCAGGACGUCAAGUUCACCCUCAAGUUUCAGGAGUUCAGCCCCAACCUUUGGGGCCUGGAGUUCUUCAGGGGCAAAGACUACUACAUCAUCUCUACAUCUAACGGCACCAUGGAGGGCAUCGACAACCAGGAGGGGGGCGUGUGCAAGACCAAGUCCAUGAAGAUAAUCAUGAAAGUGGGACAAAAUCCUUCGGACCCUAUUUCACCCAAAGACAACCCCACCAGGGUACCCUACUCGCCCAAGAACAAGGAGGAGCCCUUCAACACCAACGAUGUGAUGGAGAAACCAGGUGUAGCGUCCAGAGAAAGUGAGAAUGCCGGCGGGAAGUCCUCCAGCAUCAUGGCCUCCGAGGUUGCCAUCUUCAUUGGCAUAGCUUCAGGCAGCGUCAUUUUCAUCAUCAUCAUCAUCAUGCUGGUCCUGCUACUGCUCAAGUACCGGAGGCGGCACCGCAAGCACUCGCCCCAGCACGCGGCCACACUGUCUCUGAGCACGCUGGCCACGCCCAAACGGAGCGGAGGCGGUGGGAACAAUAACGGCUCGGAGCCCAGCGACAUCAUCAUCCCCCUCAGGACUGCUGACAGCGUCUUCUGCCCGCACUACGAGAAGGUCAGCGGUGACUACGGCCACCCGGUCUACAUAGUUCAGGAGAUGCCGCCACAGAGCCCAGCCAACAUUUAUUACAAGGUCUGAGGUGGAACUUUUCAAAACAGGAUACAAACUGGAACAAUCCCAGGCAGAGAGAGUUUUUAGUUUCGGCUGGCGCCAAUCGCACGUCCGCAUUCACUCUCGCUCCUUCUCUAUUCGUCAACACCUCCUUGUCUCCGAUUUUUUGUCACAACUUUCUUUAUCAAAGCUCAAUGCUGAUACCUUGUCGCUGCCGUUUGGUCCCAGUUGUGUGGACCGGAUGGAUGAAGGACUGAAGAGAUGUCUACUGCUGCUGCUCUCUGAGGCUCUUUGGAAACAGACAGGACGAUCUCUUCUUUCCCCGAUGCUGCUCUUGGUUUUUGUGGGAGCAGGAGAGUUGUGGGAUCAGAGUCAGAUGGAUGCACAGCUUUUUCUUUGUCUGGGAUGGAACGGAUGGGCAAUUUUAUGAACAUAAAGGUUUGCUGGCAUGAGAGGAGGGGAAGGAAUAUGUGGCUUCACCCUAAGAGAGACUACUUCUUGUAAAAAGAGAGAGAAAGAGACAAGAAAGAGUGAGGAGAUGUAAAGGAGAAUACUGGCUGACUGAACAUACAAAAUGGCCGCCCUCCCACUACCCAGAGAGACUCUGAGUUUAUCAGUCGGACAAGGAGGAAGGAGAGAGAUUCUCUCUAGAACUUUCCUGACAGACUCAGAGAGAUCACCAUUCACCUGCCACCCACAUGUCACCAUCACAAGUACACACAUUCACCCACAUGCACAGACACACUGUCCCACCAGUCAUAGUGAACUGUUGGGGUCGAAGUGUGGAUUGCACCAUUCCUCUCAGAUAUGUUUUAACAAAUAACUCCUUUCAAAAGAUAUUUGAAGGUCUGAAGGAAGAUUAUUAUUUUUUGUACUGUAAGCAUUUACUGAUCUUGUGUUUGUUCGUAUGGUUUUCAUAUCCAUGUGUAGUUUUUUCUUUAGUGACAAGUAAAGUUACCAGUGGCUGUCAGGAGCGGCGAGAGUGUGAGCAGGAUUUGUUUCAAUUUGCGCACCCUCACCAGGGAAUAGGGCGUGUGUCAGCUCUGUCUGGAAGAGUGGAGGACUUUCAUAUGCAUAGAGCUGCACUUUUAACCCCAUUUUGGUACCUCCACUCUUCACAGCAGUUGGAGAGAGACACGGUGACAGCUUGAGAUGGGUGAGCAGCUGAAUCCCGUCAGAUUUACUAGAAAGGGCUCGCCUCAACUUCUCUACUACCUGGGCUUUUCAGACGAGAAAGUAUUGUGGGCAAUAAGAAAUCCAAUUCGCCUUACUGCCAUUUUUCGCAUCAGUUGAAAAAGAGACCCGAGAUUUAGUUGAAGUUAGCGUAGCUGGCUGAGACAGCUCUAGGUACUGUAAUGUUUGCCCCCAGGGGUCCAAUGAUGAAUCAGGGGCCCCUCAGGCCCCAGAAUCAGCGUAGCCGGUGCUGUCCUACUCUUGUUUUAAAUAAAGCACAGGGACGUCUUUUACAUUGUCACUGUUUCCUUCUCUCUAUUAGCAUUUCCAUAUUGUGAUUAUUUGAUUUACUUCUCUCUUUUUCACAUAAUUCAUGUACAUAGAAAAAAAGGACAUUACGAAGUAGAAAUAAAAAGCAGAAUUUAUUUAAGAUAAACACAGAGCACAGGUGUUGUCAGGCCGUCUGGAGAAGAUGAAAAAGAAUAAGAAGUAAUGUUAAUAUAUUAUAGUAGAAGUGCACAUUAUGCAAUCUUACGUUUUUGAUUAUUUCAUAUCUCCCACAUUUUCAUGAGCUCUUGUCCACAGACACAGAGGCUGGGAAAGAGGACCAGGGGUGGGGCCCCGAGCCGAGGAGGAGUAGACCUAUCUGUCCCGAAAUAGCUCACAUUGGUGUACACAGGGGCCGAGUAGCUGGGUCUCCCACUCUCACUCAGUUUAGCAUCUCCCAAAGGAACGCCCAGCGCUCUCAACUCUCCUCAUACACACCUUUCAUGUUGUCUUUUCCAUGUGUGCACACGCGUGUUGAACAAGUCCAUAUUUCCGGGAAUUUACAUCCAUUAAUAUCUUUGGCUUAGGAUCAUAAUCAUGAUGUAAGCUGUUUCCAGAGGAUGCGAUGCAUCAGCCCAUCAUCAUCAUUUGUUCAUAAAGAACUUCAAAAUCUCACCGAAAAGCCAAGCCUUGUAUGAUCUGAGGUUUGUGCCUCUGAGAGGCUACAAAAUCUGCAAAUAUGCAAUUUUUAUUUAUUUUUUUAAUCGAUUCUGAGAAAAAAAACACCCAUGGAAAGUGUUCUUAACCACUGAAAGAUGUAACAACAAACAAAUGACACAAAACUAGCAAAGUAUGUCACACAAGCCUGCUGUUAGUUUUUCUUUCCUGCAUUAUUUGUAGUGUUAUUUUAACCUUUUUCUUUUUGAACUAUGUGCCGUAGUACAAUGGUAAACUGUGAAAGAUGAAACCAUUAAAAAGCAUAUAUAUCAAAACUAGACAGGUAUUCAAAAAAAGAUGGAAAGAAGACACACACACACACAUACCACAAAGAAAUGGCUGUUUAGUUGCUCUGUCUGCGGCAGAAUAUGACAAUCUUAUUAGUUUAUUUGAAUCUGACGUCCUUUUCUUAGCUGCCACUCGACUAACGCUCUCCCAACAUUGACCAGGUUUGAUUCGACCUAUUAUGAAAUGUUGUAGCGAUGCUGUGAGAGUCUUAGUCCUGAAGGCUGGGAGAAGCACCUCAGGCUACUGUAAAAUGCCUUGCUCGUAUGGUAAGCCCUUGGUCACUUGACUCAGUAAUUUUGCACCGUACUUCUGUAGGUAAGAAACUGUAAAUACAUUAAUGUUUGUAUUGUAUAUGGAUCCUGGGUUGUUACAAUAGCCUUAUUCACCUUUUUAGGAAAGUUAAUGGAGAAAAAUAGUGCAGAAGAAUGGAAUACACCAGUAAAACAGAGCAUACUACUUUUUUGGUAUAUAGCUUAUGUACAUAUUGACCAGAAGAACCCAAUAAAAACAUUUUUUUAUAAACUCUUAAAGCAAGAUGUUUUGUAUAAAAUUUGAAUUUUUUGCUAUGUAUUUUAGCUAGCGCUCGAGCCCGUGUCCUCCCCACUCCCUCCCCUUUUGCACUGUUUCCAUGGUAAUUUGGUUUAAAAAAAAAAAGAGAAAAGUUGCCAAACUGACUGCUGCAUAUUUGUGCCAUAAGUGUGUACCAUAAAUAUUUAUUGAAUUAGUUCAUUUCCUUUCUUUUUUGUUGUGUUUAUGAUUUAACUUCAGUCCAGUUUUUAAGUAACACAGUAUUAUAUAUUUGCAUUCUUUGUUGGUCCACCCCUUGUUUUCUUUAGUCACGUCAUGGUUACCGGGUGGCUGUAGCCCUGUUUUUCCUUUCUUUGCAGUGUGAGAUGACCAGGCGGGGAAAAAAUGGUUUUAACAUUCAACAAUUUAAAACAACUUCAAAGUGAGAAUAGAUGACACACAUUCCACCAGUCUGUUACAAACUGAAAAUGUUUUUCAAUAAAAUGUUUUUCCUAUGGACGCGC